AUGCCUCUACAAUCUUUUUAUCUGCUCGGGGAGGACCCAGCAACUGCCCGUGAGAUCGACGUUGACCAAAAUGCAAGCUUCAACCAUCUUCAGCAAUUGAUCGCAUCCCACUAUGCCAUAGUGGUGCCUACAGGUAUUGGCUUCCAAGGGACGAGCAGCGCUCUGUCCACCGUCUCGCAGGUCAUGUCGUCCAAGGACAAGGUCGCCAUCACUAUCGACGGCCAAGGGGUUCGCGACAUUCCUGGCCCGCCUGGUUUGCCGUACGUGGGCAACUUUUUCGAAGUCUUCCCCGACCACCUCGGUAAUCACCAACGUCUCUUCGAACGCUAUGGGCCCGUCAUCAAGACGACAAACCUAGGUCGUACCGUCUAUCACUCCAACGACCCAGAAGUCGCUGCCGUCGCCUUUGCCGAGUCCGAGUUCUUUACCAAAAAGAUUAACGAUUCUCACCCCCUGAAUGGAAUCAAGACACCGGAGGCCGGCAUCUUUUUGGGUGAUACAGAUACACCCGAAUGGAGGGUUACACACAAGUUCUUGCCCCCUGCCUUAGGGCCCAAGGCAGUGCGUCAUUAUGCACCGACAAUGCAGAAGACAGUCGAAAAGGCUUAUGAAGUCUUUGACCUUUUAGAUGAGCGGGAGGAAGCUUGGAAUGUCUAUCAGUACAUGCUCAAGUUGGGCGCUCAAGCUGUUGCCAAACUGACGCUUGGCCUGGAUCUCGAGCAUUUCUCUUCAGUCGACGCCCCUGUCCACGAAAUUGUCCAUCUCAUCGCCGACAUGCUCUCGCUCAACAAGAAGGUUACGUCAAGAGGCAAUUGGUACGCCAGCUUGCCGUUCGGAGACCCCAAGGCCUUGAGGGACAAGAAGGCGACCCUGGAACACAUGGUGGAGGAGCGUAUCCAACAAGCCAAGGCUGGAGGCAUUGAAGAUUUGCCGCUCCAAGACGCAGCCCUUCGAGCGACCGAUAUGAUUGACUAUGCACUUCGUGCCACCGACAACAAGGGAGAAAGGCUGCCCAAGUCAAGCCUCACCUGGGCUCUUGUUGUCGCCACAGGCGCGGGAUUCACCACCACCUCGUCCCUCCUAUCGUGGCUCAUCUACGGCCUCGUGACAUACCCCGACGUGCAGGAUAAGCUACUGCAAGAGUUGAUCGACCACGGCUUCACCGACGAUAUGGAGGUCACAUCAGACUUUACCGACGGUCUUGUCUACCUUGAUUAUUAUAUCAAGGAAACACAACGCCGUCACAACCCUUCAUUUCAGCCAGGCCGAACCUCCAAAGUCGACCUCAUCUUGCCUGGGGGCUACAAACUGCCCAAAGACUCGGUCAUGAUCCCAGCGCUACAUCAUAUACACAACAACCCCGAGUUCUGGGAUAACCCUGCCAAGUUCAACCCGGACAGAUGGGGUACCGACGAGGUCAAGAACCGACACAAGGCGGCAUACCUACCCUUUGGAACUGGCUCGCGCAUGUGUAUCGGGUUCAACUUUGCGUUGCAAGAGAUCAAGAUCUUCCUGCCUAAACUCAUAUAUCGGUACCGAUUCAGAAAGGACGGAAGUGAUGUCACCGAGUACGACCCCAUGUUCCAGCUCAUCAGGCCCAACAACUUGUACGUUAGGGCCGAGAAGCGCACGAAGCUGCCUCCGAAAUCCGACAUAGUUGCCAGCACAUGA